AUGUUGGCAAUCGCAGAGACAAACCGGCAGCUAUCAGCAAGUUUGGCUCGUCAAAAUCUUCCAAAGUGCCAUCCCGACGUGUUUAGUGGUGAUUUUGCAAUGUUUCACGUUUGGAAGAAGGCAUUCCAGGCUAUGAUUUACGAUGCCGAAAUCUCACCAGAACAGGAGAUAAACUACUUACACAAAUAUACAUCUGAAGAACCCCAGAAACUUAUCGACAAUUAUCGUAAGAGAAUAGACGAUAACCAAUUUAAAGUUAUUAAAGAGCUGUGGAGCGAGAUGGAGAGACGCUUUGGAAACGUAGCUGCAAUCACGAACGCCCUCCUUCAACGCCUCAAGGAUGCCUCACGGUUCGGUGAGAAAGAUGUGAAGAAACUUCAGGAAUUCUCAGAUCUCUGCGAUAACGUGAGCGACCAGAUGAAGCAACUCCCUGGCCUCAAAUGUCUUAACUACCCGAAUGUCAUUCGCCUGUUGGUCAUGAAACUGCCAGGUCAUUUACAGCGAAAAUGGGAUGAGCAAGUCAUGGAAUUUGCCUCUACGAACUACGACCUAUAUCCUGACUUCGAAGUGUUCGCUAGAGAAGUUCGAAAGUAUGCGCGACUAAAAAACCACCCGAACGUUACAGUAUAUGAGAAUGUGAGAACAGACAUCCCUCGAUCGGGAAGAAAAGAUCGAUACAAAGACGAAGAUCACAGAAUUUUAAAAGGGAAUACCGAAAGCCCAAGUCCUAGCAGCGAAGAAAAACAUUGUCAGUUCCACGAUCGUCAAGGACACGACAUCUUAGAGUGCAAAGCUUUGGUAAGGAAGACUUUACAACAAAGAUCGGAUUGGACGAAAAAGUCGGGUCUUUGUUUUCGAUGCUUCGCUAAAGGUCAUAUUGCAAAGAACUGUAAAGUACCGGUAAAAUGCCAGAAAUGUGACAGUGCACGACACUUGACACUGUUUCACUUUGAACAACAGAAGAAACCUGGAAGGGAAGACCAGAAAGAAGAAGUAACAUCGUCUUGUACCGAACUAUGUUCAGGAACACAAGGACUUUCGUGUUGCAAGAUUGUCCUAUUAGACGUUUUCCUCGAACGAGAACCAGAUAAAGUGCAUCAAGUUUAUGCUAUCAUAGACGAACAAAGCAACGCUUCUAUGAUAACCCCAAAGUUAGCAGAUAAGCUUGGCUGUACCGGCCCAAGAGAGAAAUACCUCCUGUCUACGUGUGGUGCAUCUAAAGUGACCAAGUUCGGGCGAAGAAUUCAAGGUCUGUCUAUGCAAUCCAUGAAAGGCGAUACGAUUCAACUCCCGAAGCUGAUCGACAAGCGAGAAAUCCGAGAAAUCCCCACUCCAGAACUAGUUAGAAAAUUCCCUCACCUACAAGAGGUAGCAAGGGAAAUUCCUCUUCUGGAUCCCAAAGCCCAAAUAUACCUGCUAAUCAGCCGUGAUGCACCUGAAAUCCUCAGAGUACGAGCGUUCAAGAAUGGUCCCAAAGGCGCACCAUGGGCUCACAAGUUACUCGUGGGAUGGACGGUUUCUGGUCAGAUCUGCAUCGAUUGUUUGGGAGGCCCAGUUCAUCUUCAAACGUGUCGAACAGUUUGUUUCAACGAAGACGAAAGGAUACCUACCCGUACUGUUUCCCUUAAACCUCUUCUCAACGACGUCAUGCCUUGUUCAAAUCAUUUGUAG